AGAGAGAGAGAGAGAGAGAGAGAGAGAAAUCAUAACACUCAGUUAAAGAUGAGAUGCAGAGGGCAAGACAAUAAGUGAGUGAAGAAAACAGAGAGAGGAGAGGUAGCAAAAAUAAAAAAGGCAAGCAGACAGAGACGCUCUCUCUCUCUCUCUCUCUCUCUCUCUCUCUUGAAAAUUUCAGCUAGCAGCAGUGUAAACUGAAGAGAAACAGAGGGAAGAGGAAUAGUGCAGGAUUCUGCAGCAAUACUGACCUAAGAAGGUUAUAUUACACUGCACUGCACUGUGCGGACUGCACACACACACACAUAUACACACACGCACGCACACACACACACACACACACACACUUGUGCAGAGGGGUGUGAUGCUGACAUCAGGUCGACAGCAUUUGCCAGUGUGUUGUUUCUGAGCAGAGGUGAAAGAGAGAACAGAGCAGGAGUGUGUUUACUCCUUGGCAAACAUUGUGUACCAGAGUUGCAAAGUGUGUCAGACAGCCAUGAGAAGGAUGCUGUCCCUCUUCUGCUUGCUUUCUCUGGCAGCACGUUUAUCGGAAGCAUGGAGACCAUCACAGCCACGACUGCAAUUUCAACACUCAGAGCUGGUGCAUAGCGGCAGGCUCCUGUCUCUCUCUGUGCCUGCUGGGGAUCUGAACUCUCUGCUGCCGGAUGAAGAUGACCGGCGCCUUUAUAUCGGUAUGAAGAACCAUCUGCUCUCCACCAGCCUGGAUGACAUUACACAAACACCCCGCAAGAUACACUGGCCUGCAAACCCAGAUCACAUCCAGGACUGCUUAAUGGCUGGGAAAGACCUGCAGAUGGAUUGUGCUAACUUCCUGCGUGUGCUGGAGCGGUUUAACCAAACACACCUGUAUGCUUGUGGGACUGGAGCAUUCAACCCUCGCUGUGCUUUUAUCCCCACCAGCCUCUUUCUUAGGGCUGAGGAACAAACCCUGAAGUAUGAAGACACUGAAUCAGGGAAGGGAAAAUGUCCUUAUGACCCUCACCACAGAACGGCUACUGCCAUCAUAGAUGGGGAGCUGUAUGCUGGGAUCUCAUCUGACUUUCUAGGUCAUGAUACAUCAUUCUUUCGCAGUCUGGGAUUGCGACAUGCAAUGCGCACUGAACAGUAUGGCUCUACCUGGCUGCAAGGUGCUGAUUUUGUGCAUGUCACAGCGAUGUCAGAGAGUGAUAAUGAGGAGGAUGAUAAGGUGUACAUGUUCUUCACUGAGCGCGCUCAGGAGGCAGAAGGGGCGGUUGGGAAGGUCCUCUAUUCUAGAGUCGCCCGCGUCUGUAAGAAUGAUAUUGGGGGUCAGCGUAGUUUGGUACAUAAAUGGAGCACGUUUCAGAAAGCUCGUAUUGUUUGUUCUGUACCAGGACCUGACGGAAUGGAGACACACUUCGACAAACUGCAGGAUGUUUUCAUUCAGAGUGGAAAGGACAAAAAGAACCCUCUCAUCUAUGGGCUUUUCACCACUACAAGCAACGUCUUGAAUGGAUCCGCUGUUUGUGUUUACCGGAUGCAGGACAUUAUUCGAGCUUUUAAAGGAAACUUCCUACACAGGGAGGGACACCAGUACAAGUGGACAGAGUAUACAGGCAGAGUGCCCUAUCCAAGGCCUGGCACAUGUCCCAGCAGCACUUUUGGAGGUUUCCGAUCCACAAGAGAAUAUCCUGAUGAUGUCAUCUUUUUUAGCCGGACACAUCCUUUAAUGAAGGAGGUGGUAUAUCCUCUUAGAGGUCAUCCUUUGCUGAUCAGAGUAGGAGUGUCUUAUAAACUGACCCGCCUACUUGUGGACAGAGUGGAGGCUAUAGACGGACAAUAUGAUGUGUUCUUCAUUGGCACAGACACUGGCCUGGUUCUGAAAGCAAUUCAGCUUCCUAAAUCCAAUGGACAGGAUCAGGCGGUCACACUCGAACAACUGCAGGUGUUUAAGCACAAGUCACCAAUCACUGCCAUGAUGCUGUCCAAGAAAAAGUGGUUAUUUGCUGGAUCUGCAGAAGGUGUGGUUCAGUUAGGUCUGUUCCACUGUGAUCUACACGGCCAGGCUUGCGCUGAGUGCUGUCUCGCUAGAGACCCAUACUGCUCCUGGGAUGGGCACUCUUGCAGCCCAUAUAUGCCAACUGCACACAGAAGAAACAUUCGUCAGGUUAAGGAUGACGGCAACCCGCUGAACCAGUGUGUCAGACAGGGAGCUGGUCUUCAUGUGGAGGCAGAGGAAAAGACACUGGUUGUGGCUGUGGGUAACAGCACCUAUCUGGAGUGUCUAACCAAAUCUCACCAUGCCACCGUCACCUGGUAUAAAGACAUAGGAGAGAACAGCCUGGAACAACAUAAGGUCGUAUCUGGAGACCAGCUGGUUAUAAUCGACAGGGGCAUCCUCAUUCCCAGAGUGAAGCUUAAUCAUGGAGGUGUUUAUCACUGUCAACUAGAAGAGCAUAAAUUCCGCUGGACAGCCGUUACUAUUCGCUUAAUUGUGUGGAGCCCCACACUGUUCCCCAUGCUUAGCUCCACCAAGCCAUGGUACCAGGAUGUGAUGGCACUGAUUAACCACAGCAAACUGGAGCGACACUGCAAAGAACUUGGCCAACGUCAUAACAACAAGGAAUCAGGGAAUCACAAGCAUAACAAACAAGAUAGAAAGAGAGGAGACCGGCACAAACACAGAGGAGAAGGGGAGAGAGGGGGAGAGAAGGAGAAAGGGCGGGGGCGAAAGAACCGAAGCAGAAUGCAGAGCUCAGCACAGAGGGUACCGAGGAGUGCAUAGACACAAUCACAGGUGUUUACACAGCUGCUCAGGCUCACACAUAAACACAAACAAAACAUGCAAUAUCCAAUAUAUACAUUGUACAAUGAUUCAUUUUUACAGUUCUUGACAUCCUGUUAGGAUAUUAACUUAAACAUGAAGGACUGUUGCUAACUAGGAAUGUGUUUAAUGGGAAGGCUGAUCUGGAAGUGUUGGGGUCAAGAGAGGACAAGUUUGCUUUAAUGUUAAUAACUAAUUAAUUCAUUAUAUGAGGACUGUGUUAUGCAGAUCUGACAAAUCUCCUAAAAUAAGAGUGUGUCCCGAAUUAUCUUCUGUUGAAAAAAAAAAAAAAAAAAAUCUUCCGAAGUUAGGGAGCAUCUUAAAAAGUUCUUUGUUUUAAAAAGACUGCAGUGUUGAUAGCUCUUUUUUUUCUCUGUUGCACAGCAUCUGUACUGACUGUAUGUAUUGCCUGGAACCAUUGUGCUCUUAUUUAUAGUUCAUGGUAUUUAUUUUCUUUGUGAUAUAUUUGUCUUGCAUUUUAUGUGUGUAAAAAUUUUUUUUGAUAAGGUGUAAUUUGCUCUGCCGUCAUUAAUGAAGCUUAUGCUUCUCCGCAGAAGAAACUGUCUUGCAGUGGGUUUAGAAAGACUUCAAUUUACUGAAAGCAAAAUAAAAUUAGUGGCCUCAAAAAAUAUUUGGAUGCUUAAGUUACACUUAAAAUGUUUGAAAUGUAUUGCAUUUGAUAACAGAAGUCAAACCAAGUAGCAUUGGCAAACAAAUAUCAAAACUAACUUCACUUUUCUUUGCCUAAUUGUUAUUACUUUUAACCAACUGAUGUCUCAAGGUGAUUUCUAGUAAAUGUAUGAAGUCACACAGAUGCACCACAGGUGCAGUUUAUCACAUUAACUAUGGACAUGUUCCUCUACCAUUUGAAAACUUUAAAGUGUCCAAAUACUUUUUGUCAUAAUUUCAUACAAUAUAUCUGUUGUUUUAACAUUUUCAACCUAAACAUUUAUAUAUUUUUAAUAUUUUUUUAGCGAGGUGUGCUUUAUUUAAAAUAAAUGCACUUGGCUUGUUAUUUUGUUUUAAAAUACAAAGACAUUCCUACAUUUUUAAGCAUCCAAAUACAUUUGGGGGCCACUGUUUUACAUAUACACAACACAAGUAGCUCAUGAAAAAGUAUAAUCACUUCAGUGAUGCUGUAGUAUAACAAACUUGGUGUGUUUCUGUGUGGAUGGCUGGAGGCACAAAGGGUGUGUUUAAUAUAGCUGGAGUGAAAUGCCAGGGCAGACAUCUACUUUCUCCUGCACAUGGACAUAUGCCUGCCAAGAGGUUUGGCACCUGCCCUGAAGUGCCUCCAUUCAGAGGGAUGGGAAAAAAGAAAAAAGGAUGGAAUACAGUAAGGGUUGUGAGCUUUAAAGUGCAGUACAAACAGAGGGGAAAGGAAAAAAUAAACAUGCGGUCAGACUCCCACCACAUGAGAGAGAGAGAGAGAGAGAGAGUGUGUGUGUGUGUGUGUGUGCGUGCGUGCGUGCGUGCGCGCGUGUGUUUUUGGCUGCAUGAAACUCAAGCGUUGUUGUUUAAAAGAAACAUUAAAAAUGCAGAAUAGAUGUUUCAUACUUGUCAUGUUUUACAUAUGAAGAGGCAGAUCCUGCCAUCAAUUAUUUAAACCUUGUCAAUCAUGUGAGCUACAAUUUUUUUGCAUCAUUGUUCUGCCUAAUUGUAAAUUGAAUUUAAACCUUGAAUAAAGUGUUUUGGAAGGCUCUCAUGAGAGCAAGAA